CCAGCAAAAGUUCUCAAAAUAUGUCCUUCAGUCUUUUAGCAUAGGUGUGUCUUAUCUAGCAAACGAUUGCAUAAAAAUACCAGAGCCUAAUAUUUUUCUGUGUUUUUAUAUUUUCAAGCUUGUGCAGCCUUUGCUCUGCAUUUUCUCCGCAAACAUUCUUCGAGAUGUGAUAACUACCGUUAUAAAACUUCAUGAAAGCUCAUCGACUCCUGAGAUGGGCGUUCCCUGAAUCCAGUGACCUCAACCCCAGCCUGCCACAGCACUUUUAUUUUGGGGUUCCACAUAGUUCAACUCAGGAGUAACAUCGAACAGAAUUAUUCAGAAAAUUUUUAGUAAGAAGUAAACAAUAAAAUUAUAUUCUUGAAGUGUUCACAUUUCACGGAAUAAACUAUUGGUUUUAGAAACAUAAACAGAUGCUAUACUGUCCAACGGGAAACCAAACAGAUUUUAGACAUGUGGAAGUUAACUGGUCUUUGAUUAAUACGUCUUCCUCAAUUAAUAGUUCCACAACAUCAUAUCAAAUUUAUAUUAUUUACUGGAAAUCCAUCUGUUGUAUUGACACCUAAUUAUGUUCAUAUGCAUACAGAUACAUCUUCUCCGUUGCCUGUACUCAUAAUUGAAGGUGGGGUAGUUGGUCUGACACCAGCUCCAGCGUGUACAAUAGCGAAAAUUCCAUUCAAAUUGUUGUCAACUCAACUACAGUCAGAUAAACGUGCAGGCAUUGGAAUAAUUGAAUUGUCAUGGAAACAAUGGACAGAUUUGCGUUCGCGUGUUAAAUAUAUCGGUGAUUCUGCUCAUGCAAUUCCUCCUAAUUUAGCACUAGGCGGUAUAUUGGCUGUUCAAGACUCAUUACAAUUAGCGUCUGAAUUAAGAACAGCAACACAGCAAUGUAAAGGUACAGUAACUAUUAAACGAGGACACGGUUGGCUUUCAUGUAUAUUAGCUGGCGCUGAUGGUGCAUCUCCUCCAGCAAAGGAUGCCGAGGUAUCAGUCACCAUUCAGCAGCAUGCCGAUGGUUCAGAAACACGGAUUCCUACUGAAAUUGAAACCGUCAGUAGCUGUAAUUGUGCGGGACCUUUUCAAUUUCAAAAUUAUUAUGUGGCUGAAACGUGUGUACAGAAUACAAUUCAUUAUAUUGAUUUAGCAGAUUCGCGAGCAUUUGUAACUAUGUUUCCACAUAAAUUACAUCAACGAGCACUUCAAUCGAGUAUUACUCUAAUUAGUGGUGCCUCGGCAGUUCCAGGACUUAGUUCAGCAGUUUGUUUGAAACUAUCAAAACAGUAUUUGACAAAAGUUGAAGUGAUUAAUAUACGUAUUUCACCAGGUAUUCAUGCACGUCCAGGAUUAGGAACUAUUCAGUCGAUUCCCAGUUUUAGAAGCAAAGUAGAGUUCAGAGAUGAGCAGAUGAGGGUGAUUUUCUGUGGCAACUGCGUAAGUGAAGUAUAAAGAAUUUUCACGUAAGAGAAGUAACAUUACGUCGCAAAAUGGUUAGACUCUCUAAUGAAAUCAACGAUGGCCUUAUAAAUACUUUUACUUUUUCUAAGUACAAUAGACAAGUCCUUGAACCAAAGAGCAGAAAGUGCAGAGAGAGAAUAAUUUGUGUGCCCAAAAUAAAAUUAAUAGUACUCAUCAAUUUCUUGCGAGCUUUAUGGUAUUUCCCAAAGAUCAGAAGAAAUUGAUUUUGUGCUUCCUUUUCUCCGCAUGUGCAUGAUGGAUCAGAAAUAAGGGUGUACCUGAAUAGGUCAGCAUUCAAUUGAGAAAAUCCAAUUCUUAAACGAGUGAAGUGAAGUUCAUUAGAU